AUGAGGUUCAGCCUCCUCUCUUCCUGCCUGGCAUUCUCAGCCAGUCUCAUCGCUGCUGUCCCGACAUUCCCCAACGCACAGUCGACUCGAGAUGUCGAUUCUGAGUUUGACUAUGUUAUAGUGGGCAGCGGUGCGGGCGGCGGCCCACUCGCUUGUCGUCUCGCUAUGGCUGGCUACAAGACAUUGCUUCUUGAAGCUGGCGGCGAUGCUAACGGCAACGUGAACAUCUCGGUUCCCGGGUACCAAGCCGUCGUCACGGCCGAUCCCAAACUCAGAUGGGAUAUUUUUGUCAACCACUACAAAGACCAAAACCGCGCCAAAAGAGAUCCCAAAUAUGUCUACGAGAUCGGUCCUUACGAGUAUCAUGUCGGUCCUAAUCCUCCUCCUGGAGCCAAGGACUUGGGCAUCUUGUAUCCUCGCGGCAGCAUGCUCGGAGGCUCCGUCACUCACAAUGCCCUCAUCUGGAUCAUUCCUCACAAGCAAGACUUUGACACCAUCGCCACCAUCACUGGCGAUGACUCGUGGGCCGCAAGCAACAUGAACCAAUAUCUCAACAAGGUCUACCAAUGGCUUCCAAACAUGCCCACCGACCCGACCAUUUUGCUCAGAGAUCUCCCUCUGGCUCGGCACCUCGUCGCUGGAGCUAACGCCGUGGGAAUCGACGUUCCUGUCCUUACGCCGCUGGCCAAGCUGUCCCAGCUCUUGCUCAUGAGCCCCAACAGCCGGGUCAACCCAGCAAGAGAUGCCACUGAGGGCUACUUCCAGGUGCCCCUCACCAUGAAGUUGGGUGAACGAUCCGCGGUCCGGGAGUUCAUCCUCAAGACCGUUGCAGACGGCCAUCCCCUCACCGUGCGGACAAACACCUUUGUCACCAAGAUCAAUUUCAACACCACCGGUUCCAAGCCCAGAGCUACGGGGGUGGAGUACAUGGAGGGCGAAUACCUCUACAAAGCCAGCCCCCUUCACCGCACCAAUUUCGGCAAGAGGGGGUCUGCCAAAGCCAAAAGAGAAGUCAUCGUUUCUGCCGGCACGUUCAACACCCCUCAGCUUCUGAAGCUAAGCGGUAUCGGCCCCGCCCCCGAGCUCCUACGGUUUGGCAUCCCCAUCAUCAAACACCUCCCGGGAGUAGGAACCAACAUGAUGGACCGCUACGAAAUCCCCGUCAACGUCGUUCACGAGGACGAUUUCUCUGUUCUUGACGGUUGCACGUUUGAUCUCAAGCCUCAUGAUUUGUGUCUGAAGCAGUGGCUGGACAAUCCUUACAUCCUUGCCGCGAGGGGAGCUUAUGCGUCCAACGGACUAGCAGCCAUGAUGCUCAAGCGGUCCAGCUUUGCCUCCACGUCAGACAUUGACCUCUCCAUCUUUGGCGGGCCGCUCAAUUUCCAGGGCUAUUUCCCCGGCUGGCACGACUUUUCCGUCCGUGAUCACAAGCACUUUUCCUGGUACAGCCUCAAAGCCCACACGCGAAACCGCGCCGGGACGGUGGAACUCAGAUCAGCCGACCCGUUGGAUCAGCCAGAGAUCAACUUUAACUACUUUGACACUGGCACCACCGCCGGCGGGGCUGAUCAGUUGGACUUGGGGGCCUUGAUCCAGGCAAUCAGGACGUCAAGGGAGGCAUUGGCGGAUUACUACAAGUUUCCUAUUUUGGGGGGGACUAACUACACAGAGGAGAAGCCAGGGGCGCAUGUGCAGAGUGAUGAGGCUAUUGGGCAGUUUAUCAAGGAUGAGGCUUGGGGUCAUCACGCUGCUUGUUCUUGUCCCAUUGGGGAGGAGGGGAACCCGAUGGCGGUGCUGGAUUCGGAGUUCAGGGUUAGGGGGGUGGAUGGGUUGAGGGUGGUGGAUGCGAGUGUUUUUCCAGAUAUUCCGGGCAUUUUUAUUCAGAGUGCUAUUUUUAUGGUUAGUGAGAAGGCGGCGGAUGUGCUGAUUAGGGAGGCCAAGGCGGCGGAUGGGGAGUAG